UUCACUUUGUUUAGGAAAUUAUUUUGUGUUUUUGGUUGUGGGUUUUUUCUAUUUUUACUAAAUUGCUCUUGAAUUUUCCCUUUGCUAGAGAUUUUCUGGAUAUUGUGAAAAAUGAAUUACAUAUUCUUUGCUAAUGAAUCUGUUUUGAUCAUGAAAACCUCUCAUAUGAGCUUUGAGGCCAGUAAGUAUGCAAAGAUAAGGCUAAGCGUAUUGAUUUCUUUUGGCCCAAUUGACACCAUUAAAAUGGAUGAUAGGAUGAGCAUACUCCAAAAUGAUCAGAGCAUAUAUCAAGACCCUACUUACUGGUGAAGGAUGUAGAAGAUCAAUUUCCACAGACAUACAAGAGAUAGGGAUGCUGAGGAGGGAGUGGAAAAUAUGUACAUAAGUGAUACCAUACUGGUGUUAAGAGCUUCUAAAAGGCACGAUGGCAAAAUCACUAGGAAGCAAGAAUGUUGGCUUAUUAAGGUUAGUGGAGGAGAGAUCAUUGAACAAGAAAAUAGAGGAAGAGAAAAAACAUAAGCGAGAAAAACAAGUUCCUUAUCUCCAUAAAGAUUGUAUCGCAAAUAUCCUUGUGCGACUUCCUCUUGACUCUCUUCAAAGGUCAAGGUUUGUUUGCAAACCUUGGUAUAACAUAAUUAAAAACCCCAAAUUCAUUGAUGCUCAUCUCCAUCGCUCUGAAUCUGUUUUGAUCUUUCUAUCACCAUUUCCAAAUGAAAGUCUAUACCCUUUUUCUAUGGCUUCGGUACCAAAAGAUAUGCCAAACACUGUUUCAGUUGAAUUAAAUCUUCUUCACCCAAAGCCUAUCCCCAUUUUCAACCACACAACCAUAAAUGCUCCAAGGUUUUCUGUCCAGUUUCUGGAAUUUAAAAAUGAUAAGAGCAAGAGAGGAGAGUACAGUUUAAGCUGCUCUGGCAAUAUUAGAGCCACCUGUAACGGUCUAAUUCUGCUUGAUAACAAAUUGAAGAACGGAGGACUAGUAGUCAUGAAUCCUGUGACUAGGAAGCUGAUUGCACUUCCGCUGGGUACUUUAUCUCGUCCACAUGAUGAGUCCUAUGGUUUUGCAUUGAUUGAUUCUACUGGUGAAUAUAAAGUAGUCCACUUGUUUCGGGAUGAGUUGAGGUAUGUCAGCUGUGAGAUUUUGAGUCUUCGGACAAAAGCAUGGAGAGAAGUCAAUGGUCCUUCAUUUGGGUUCUUUAAUAGGUUUGUAGAUGGACCUAUUUCAGCAAUUGGAGGUCUGCACUGGAUUCCCCAAGUUGACCGUAGCGAAUACGUAGUGUCUAUUGAAGUCGAUAAGGAGAAGUUUCAUCAAAUUCCACUCCCAAGAAGUAGCAGAACUCAUGAUAGGAUUGUUGAAAUGGGUGGCGCUUUGGGUCUUGUUGUUCAUGAGGACGUGAACCAUAUUGACAUUUGGAUCUUGAAGGGUUUCUAUGGAGAAGUCUGGACGAAGUAUCAUAGUAUCACUGUGGGUUCCAUAAUAGACAUGGUUCCCCUUUUUAGUUUAAGAAUCAAGGGCGACAUUAUUUUCAAGCGAGACGAAGAUGGUUCCUUUUAUGUUUAUGACUUCCAACAUCAAGACAUGAGAAAGGUUGAGAUGGUAGAGGGAUGUAUCCCGAGGUCUUCUGCAACAUACCUGCCUCAUGUCAACAGCCUUGUUUCAUGGAUGGAAGUAAAUCUGGACAUGUGUGAUUGAUUUGCAGCAAUGGAACGGAUAAAAUAUAACUCUCAGUCGAAACUUGUAUGUGUUUUAUAUAUACCUUUUGGUUUACCAGUGUUGCUAUAUAAGUUAUGUAUAUAUCUUUGUUUGUAUGUCUUUUCGUCCCAAUUCUUUUGGGCAUAGAUGAUAAAGUAGUACAUGUCUUAGAAAGACCGAGGAAUAUUAUUGCACCAAGGAAUGAGAUUCAUUUAUGCUUUUGGUUUACCAGUGUAUAAAUCAGUUGAAACGAAUGAGAUUCAUUUAUUCUUUUCCA